AUGGCUAAUCUUCUGAGGCCUAUAUUUGAGCACAUACAAGGGGACAAGAGCCCGUUGCUGCUCGAGUCCAACCUGGUGUACAAGACGAUCUCGGUCCUCAUCCACGGUGCUAAGCUGUUCUAUGAAUGCGGGACAAGGCUGUGGAAGUUCAAGGGCUCAGAACAGGCGGCGGCCAAGGAGGUGUUCAUCGGGAACCUGAGGCUGCUGGAGGGCGAGCUGGGAGACAAGAAGUACUUCGCCGGCGACGCCUUCGGCUUCGUCGAAAUCGCGAUCGUCCCCUUCGGACGCUGGUUCUACAGCUACAUGACCUGCGCCGGCUUCAGCAUAGAGGAGGCAGCGCCGAACCUGGUGGCGUGGGGCAAGCGGUGCAUGGAGCGGGAGAGCGUGACCAAGGCACUGUGCGACCCCCACAAUGUCUACGAGUUGGUGAGCAUCCUCAGGAAGAGAGAUGGAGUCGAGUAG